AUGCAUGCGGCUGGAGACAGGUCACCGUACUCACCCGUUUUGGUACCCGGCUUUGCCGAAACAGAGGACGGGCACACAGUGAUCUUCGCGUCUCCGGGAUACUUCAAGGCACAGGAAUUUGUCAGCCAGCGCCCGGCGUGCCACACGAUGGAGAACGACCUGAUGCUGGUGAGAGCGGGCAUGGAGUGGAUGAUGAAGCGUGUGGAUGACAGAUCUUACGAGAAGAAGAAAAUGCUGUACUCCAUCAAAGUGAUCGACGCGCAGCAUUUGGGAAGGGAGAUCCUGCCCAUUCGGGUGUAUGAAGUUCGCAAGUUCGCGCAAGACAAUGGCAAGCAGCUGAUGUCCAUGUACUGUGAUCACGACAUCCUCCUUCUGAUCGUGAACGCGCCCUGGAUCAUUCGCUUUGUCGUCAUGUUUGCCACCACUUUCAUGACCAAGAGGCAAUCUGCCCGACUCAAAGUUCUCGGAAGCGCUUCCGAUGCAGAUGUGCAGGCACAGCUCCGAGUCGUGGGGCCAACAAGCAUGUUCCCACCCUCCCUUGGAGGCACUAAGAAGCCAGAGGACAUCCCAUUGUACUUCCCUUUGGCGCAGGAUAACCCGUCCAGGAUCGCUGAAUGGAUGGCUCGCAAAGAAGCGGGGAUCACCAGGAAAGGUGCUACGAAUCCACCAAAGCCGGGCACCAGACACGAGAAUGUCAAUGACUCCAAAGAGGUUGUGCAUGGCAGCGUGACGACACCCAUUGCCAAUGUGGAGGUAGAGGAGGAGGCUGCGACGAAAGUCUCAGCCGAGGUUGUGUGGCAGGCUGGCUUUGCUGCGCAGCGCCAUGAGCCUCAGAGCGCCCCAUGGCUGGUCACGCGCCGCGAUGGAAGGAUGCUUGCAAAGUCGAUACGUGCCAUUGCUUUUCCAAGCUCAGACCCACACCUUUGUUGGAAGAACCGCACACUAGGCUCCUUAAGUGGAAUCGAUGGGUGUAUUCCAACAGAGACCACUCAAUGCCCGAUCUGGCAGAGCCCGGAGCGUGGCGAACUCUGUGGAGUGGGCCAUGCUUGCUGGCACUUUCGAGACCUUGGAGCUGCAAAAAAGCAGCUAAGAUCUUCAAAUGGCUGA